AUGCCGGUGGACGUGCUGGCAACGUUGGGCGAUGUGCAGUUGGUGAAGAAGGAUGGAUCUACGGUGGCCGCAAAGCAGGCCCUCGACGGCAAGCUGGUCGGCUUUCUUUUCUCGGCCCAUUGGUGUCCUCCAUGUCGAAAGCUCACCCCUGCCGUGAAGAAAUUCUACGAAAGUCUCCGCUCCUCCGGGCACAACGAGACCGAGCCGGAUAUGAUGGAAUAUAUGGAGAUCCACGGCGAUUGGUACGCCAUUCCGUUUGGGGAUCCACUUAUUAAAACCCUGUCGGACCGAUUUCGCGUGAUGGGACUCCCCUGUUUUGCCAUCGUCAACCAGAAGGGCAUUGUCGCGGCUAAGAAGUCGGCAAAGAAUGAUGUUCAGGAAAAGAAGAAGGGGAAUCGGGCGCUGCUCUCCGAGUGGAAGAAGGUCACCGAGGAUGUUGCUGAA